AGCACAGUGAACGGUACGUGAGUCAGCUGUUGCAUUUUUUGUAAAGCCAAAGUGCCUGUGAGAAUAUUUUCACGAAAGUUACCUAGUCGACUGCCAUUCCAUUGUGUUCCGCCCAAUUGUUCACUUGCUAUAGCGCUCUAUUAGCACAAAAAUGACAGAUAGUUCAGAUGAGGAAUAUCUGCACACCGAAUGGGUGCCUUACAGCGAAAGACCCGAAUGGUCCGAUGUGAAGCCGCUGCCACAGGACGAUGGACCCAAUCCAGUUGUUUCCAUUGCCUACUCACCCAAGUUUCGAGAGACAUUUGAUUAUAUGCGCGCCAUUAUUGCCAAAGGUGAAAAAUCGCAACGUGCCUUGGAGCUGACAACCGAAGCGUUGCGUCAAAAUCCAGCCAAUUAUACUGUGUGGCAAUAUAGACGAGACAUAUUGCGUGAGUUGAAAGCCAAUUUGCAGGAUGAGUUGGAAUAUCUGGAUGAGGUCAUUGGACAGAAUGCCAAAAACUACCAAGUGUGGCAUCACAGGCGGGUCAUUGUCGAGAUGAUGAAUUGCCCCAAGUGGGAGCUGGAGUUGACACAGAAUGCCUUAGACAAUGAUGGCAAUGCAAAGAAUUAUCAUGCUUGGCAGCAUCGCCAGUGGGCCAUACGUACAUUCAAUCUCUAUGACGACGAGCUGGACUUUGUCGACCGUUUGAUUUGCGAGGAUCCACGUAACAAUUCGGCCUGGAAUCAGCGGUUCUUCGUGCUCAAGCAUUUUGGAUUCACUCCAGAGGUUAUCAAACGGGAGGCCGAGUAUGCCAUGGAUCGCAUACGAGUCAUCAAGAAUAACGAAAGCCCAUGGAACUUUUUGGUUGGAGUCCUGCGACAAAGCAAGAGUGGAAAGCUAGAUAGCCUACCGGAAGUAGUGGAGUUUAGUGAGGGCUUGUACAAUGCUGGCAAUCGUUCGCCCUAUCUGCUAGCCUUCCUCAUCGAUCUCUAUCAGGAGCAGGCGCUGGAUUCAAAGCAGGAAGACAACAGCAUUGCCCAAAAGGUUUAUACGCUGUGCGACGACAUGGCCAGCAAACAUGAUGUUAUACGUCGUAAAUAUUGGCAGUACGUGGCGUCCCAUUUGAAGACGCAGCUGAGCAAGCAGACGGAAGGAAUUGAUUAGUUUUAUAUUCAUAUACAAAAUAUGUUUGCGUUUCUGCCCUUCA